UGUGUUUUGGUGGGUAAUCAUAAUGAAUAAUGCCGUUUAAUAAAACGAAGACGAAUUUCCACCCGGGCACUAUUUCUAGAUACUACAACUAGUAUUAAUUUGUAUAGAUGACACUGUCACUGAGUAGUUGCCAUUUUUUGUGCACUUUUCAAGUAGAUUAAUCACAUCAUGUGCAAAUUCUACACAUAAGGAUGUCGGAGGACACGUCAGUAUGGUACUACUGUCUCCGUUUCUUGGAUGAUCAAGAUCAAGAUGAAAAUUACAACGCUGGGUGUCGUGGUAGAACAAACGAGGAGAGUGAUGCAGCAAGCUCUUCUUCAGGUGGACUCCUCGUUUCUCGCCUGGUCCGUUUUGCAGAUUCGACUGUGGAGUAUGUAGAUCCGCCACCUGUUGACGAUAAUGGGCGUAUUCCAGAUUACAAAGAAGACUUUUUUCGCGAUGCUAUUGCGCCUUGUCUGUCUGACUGGAAGCAGCAAGAAUGUGCUGCAACAGUUGAUGUGGAAGAUUCAGGAUCCCUCCGAGAAGAAGUAGAAAGGUUCAUAAAACGCACAGCAAUUUUUUGCAGGGUUGCAAUGCCAACAGUCCAUCCUGGGUAUGGAUCAGCGCAAUCUACAACAACAGGAGGAGGUGGGUGGCGCCUGACGCGUGCUGACGUGACGUCUUGGCUCCACAUCUUGCAACGGGCAGUCGGAGCAGACUCUGUUGUGGAAAUUAACACACACGCUGCUGCAGCAGAAGGAGUUCCGCAAAGCCACGGGUGCGCGUCAACGACGUCAGUCCGAGAUAAGCAGGUGGCUACCUCUUCGAAUUCCAACAAGAGCAUGCACGCUGCCUACAAAAGUGGCGCGUUAGCAUCUCGAUUCGCAAUAAUGGAUGAGGAGGGAGAUGCAGUCGAGGAAGAAGAAAAGAACGAUCAUCCAGACCGGGAUUAUUUUAACAUGAAUACUUCAGCAUCUUCAUCAGGCACCACGACGGAUAACGGCAAAGGUGGCAACGACCAAAACCAGCUGCGACGCUUGCGGCAGUUUUUGGCUCAAAUUUGCGUCUCUAGCGGGUUCGCGGGUCUUCACUCGGCCACGCAUUUUCUUGCGGUUCUCACGUCGACAGACUCAACACUUCAAGGUUUGGCGGAAAUUGUCAGCGAUCACAAGCAAUACGUACAGGGACCAACGAGUUUCCCUUCUUGUGUAAGCUGGGAUUGCUGUCAUUGCAGUCUUGCCAGCAACACUCCAAUGGAGGACUCUGAGCCUCCAGCCUUCUGCACUGCGUGCGGGAGUCAUUGGAGCGAUAGUACGGUCUGGCAAUGUGAUUGUGGUGUGGUCUGUCGGUUUGCUCCUGCUUUUAAUCCACAAGAAGUUCCUGGUAGAGGGAAAACGGCCUCCAGCCAAGCGGCCGCGAUUUCAUCUUCAGGUGAGGACGUGUUACUCAAAAUACUCCGGUUGCUACCCUCAGCUUCACACUCACAUGAUCCCGGGUUUGAACAACAACUGUCCUUCGAUCGAUGGCAACAUGCAAACAAUGCUUCAUCUAGCUCUGCAAAGACUAUUUCAACGCGCGAAGUAAAAGACUCGUCCUCGGGAGGUAGAGGUCUGCUGGAGGAACCUGAAGAUGCAGGUGAUAAAAGAAACAUCGAUGAAGAUGAUGAUCUAGAUAGGAUACUAAGUAACAUGGAACUUCCCAUGGUUGGACAGCCUGUGUGUCCGGUAUGCGGCUGGCUACGACCAGUCGUGCGACAGAUGGGUGGCGACGCUCUAUCAACGACCCCACACGACAAGCCGUAAAUGUCAGGCAAGCAGCCUUUUUGAAUCUUGAAAGAGGUCUGAGUUCUAAGAAGUCGGUGCAAAGAAAGUACCAACAUCAAAAAUAAUAAGCUGACCUCAGCGUCCAACAAAAAUAGAUGUUGGAGAAAAUGGCACAACUUGUACUUAGGAACGGCUAUGGCACCACGUGCACUUAGGAAUCCCUUGCCAUUUUGGAUGAAAAGCUUGAACUUUCUCUUUCCCUCG